AUGACCCCAACACCCGCCCCAGCCGAUGCAGGCGCCCCACCGGCUGCAGAGGCCCCACCGCCUGCAGGGGACCCACCGGCUGCAGGGGCUCCACCCGCUGCAGGGGCCCCACCCGCUGCAGGGGCCCCUGAGAAGCCGCCAGAGGAAACACAGACACCUGAAGAACUGGCAUUUUAUGCCCCGAAUUACCUAUGUUUGACCAUCCUGGCUGUAAUUCUUUUCCCUCCCCUGGGAUUAAUAGCUGUAUUCUUCAGUUACAAGACCUCACAGGCCAACAAGAACAGCCAAUGGGAAGAAGCUUACAUCAACUCAGGUCGAACUGGUUGGCUGGAUGUAUUUGCCAUACUCAUCGGUUUAGGCAUCAUUUAUGUCUAUGUCCUAUUUAUGUGA